AGUUAUCCAGAAAUCGGUUUUCUUAUAUAGUCGUUACGCCAUUUUGUCGAAGCAAAUAAGAACUUGUAGGAUUUGAGAUUUUCAAGUUCUAACAUUCACAAGCACAGUGUAAAACGCUAUGGCAACUCAUCAAGAUCAAGAUGCAGGAAGUACUACAAAGAAAAAAAUAACUGAUCUCCGUGUUGUAGAUCUUCGUGCUGAACUAGAGAAAAGAGGUCUUGAUAAAACUGGUGUUAAAGCAGCUUUGAUAGAACGGCUGACAAAGUGCUUGCAGGAAGAAGGGCUAGAUCCAGAUUCCCACUUGUUUGAAGUUUCUGCUGAAGGGACACCUGGAAAGAAGACACCAAUAUCGAAAAGAGCUGCGAAGAGAUCCUUAAAUGAUUCAGAAACCCAGAGCAAUGCUGAUGGCCUAGAUGAUGAUGAUGAGAAAGAAGAUUCUGAUGAUGAAAAGACUAAUACAGAAGAUCUCGAUAUGGUAGGAGAAGCUUUACAGUCAUCUGUGGUGGAUAAGUGUGAGAAUGAUAACAGAAUGAAAGGUAAAGCGAAAGAAAUGACCAAAGAAGGCAUGUCUGUGACACCAACACUUGAAGAAGAAAACUCUAAAUCACAAGAGGAAGUGGACAGUAUCCAGCAAACUAACAACAAAUGGGAUUCAACUAAAGAUAACUCAGAAGAGGUUGCUGUUGAACAGGCUUCUGCACUCUCUUCUCCAAAACCAGAAUCUGCACCUGUUGUUGCUCCACUUACAGUAGAAGAUGUACUUAGCAUGCAUUCUCCAGAUCAGAAACCUUCGGAUUCAUCUCUGAUAGUUAACAUCGAUGACAUGCAAAGUGACUUGGAUGCAGAUUUGGAAGGUGCACUGAGUGAGACUGGUAGUGAUCGUUAUCGUGAUGAUAAAAAUAACUCUAACAAUUUAGGUAAUGACAAACAAUCUUUAGAAAGUGAGAGUAAAAAUGACAAAGAUUAUGAGGACAAAACUCUUUCAACAGCAAUCAUAGAGUCUAAGAAAGAAAUACAACCCAGUGAUUUAGACUCAAGUGAUCAGAAAAAAAUUAAGCUUACUCAGAAAAUCAGUGUAGCAGCCGUAGAUGGUGAUCAACAGGAGAAAGAAGCAGUGGAUGAGAAAGAAACGGCACAGGAAGGGGGGGAUGGUUCUGUAACUAAAACAACUGAAGAACAACAACCAAGCACAACUACUGCUGCUAGCAAGGCUAAGAGCACUGCUCCAAAAAAUGGGAAAAGUGUUGCUAAAGAGGAAACAAGAGAACGAAGUAAACGUAUGAUUGCAGCAAGCAGAAACCUUUGGGUUAGUGGAUUGGCUAGCAAUACCAGGGCUGCAGACCUGAAGUCUUUGUUUAGUAAACACGGCAAAGUUGUGGGUGCCAAAAUUGUUACUAAUGCAAAAACUCCAGGAUCACGUUGCUAUGGGCUUAUUACCAUGGCAAACAGUGAGGAUGCCUCUAAAUGCAUACAACAUCUUCACCGAACAGAACUACAUGGAAAGAUGAUAUCUGUUGAGAAGACCAAGCAUGAGCCAUUUGGUACAUUAAAGAGAACUGAAGGAAAGCCAGGAACAACGGGAAGUAAAAAAGUAACACCUAAAGGGUCGGACACUGCUGAGGCCUCCAUAUCUGUAGCACCGAAGGUGGAGAAAGAUGAACCACAGAAAGAGGAAACUACAACUAAGGAAGAGGAUGCUAAGAAUGAGGAAGAAAUGGAAGAAAAUAAAGAGGAGGAAAAACCAUCUGAACAAGGUGAAGAACAGGUAACUGCUGAUGAAAACAAAGAGGAAAAUGAGGAAGAUACUUCGAAGGAAAAGAAAUCAGAUGACAAGGAAGGGUCAACACGUAGCCAUUCUAGAAGUCGUGGAAUUGAACGUAGUAGGCAUGGAUUUUCACGUCGAGCAAGACCUUUUAUAAACCGAAGAAGAGGCAGGGGGAGAGGUCGCGGGUCAUUUAGUGCAAGAAAUAACUUUUCACAAAGACGUGAUUUUGGUAGGAAACCCUUUGUGCCAAGGUUUGGGUCUCGGUUCAACAGGUCUAGCAGCUUCUAUUUUCAAAGAUUCAGGCGAGAGAGAGAAUCUGAUCGACGACAGAAAGAUAUUGAACGAAAACAAAGAGAGGAAAGUUUCAGAUUGGAGAGAGAAAGAGAACGUUUACGUAUUGAGCGUGAAAGGUUGGAUCGGGAACGUGCUGAAAUUUUAAGAUUGGAAAGAGAAAAACAAAGAAUGGAAAGGGAGCAUUUAGAAAGAGAAAGAGAGGAAUUACGACGAAGACAGUAUUUCAGUAGAAUGGAUGCACCAAGGCGUGGAUUCAAAAGAAAUCUAGACCAGCAUAACCGUGACUCCGACAAUUAUUGGGAAGACAGAAAAAGACCUGCCAUUGCUACCCAUUUUGACCGUGAUGAGCCCCUUCACGGCGAGAGUUCCACCAGAGAGUCAAGACGGGUAUCAGGUAGCAAUGAUAGAGAAGAACGCAGAGGAUCAGACAAGUCUGGAAAAUAUGAUAGAUCUGCAUCCAGAGAAGAUUUCAGGAGACACGAUGACAAAGAGGUAGGCCGUAGCAACACUUCUCGAGAGAGGGAAGCAACUCACAGGGGUCCAAAAGAGGAGUGGAAGUCUGCAACAUAUGAUAAAGAAGGCCAGGCUCGCAGGGGUAGAUUCUUCGAAAGAGGCAAAGGCUGGGGUCGUCAAAGGGGAUCUUAUCGUGGAGGUCGAGGAGGAUCCUGGAAUGCUGAUAGAGGUUCAGGAAGUCUAUCUAGUGGUUGGGGCUCAGAGUCUAGAAAGGUAGGAUUUUCCCAGAACCAGUGGAGAGGAUCAGAAAAUGGUCAAGGUAGCCGUUGGGUUGGGAGCAUGGGGUCGGGAAACUCUCAUAGUUCACGAAGUCAGCAGGGUACAUCAGGUCAAGGUAUGUCACAGCAACCUCACUCAAGUAUGUACAGUAGUUCUGGCCCCAUGUCUCAUUCCGGUGUUGGAGGAUUUUAUGGAGGAACCCGCUAUAUGGGAGGAUCGACGAGUAGAUACUAAACAUUAUUAAAUCAUCUUAACAGACUAGUGAGUCUAUUGUUGUUUUUAUGUUUGAUUGUAUUUCUUUAAACAAAAAAAAAAGUUGUUUGCACGUAAAUGUCCUUAGACAUUUUAACAUUAUCUGGAAAGGAGUGUCAUUUAAUUAAUGAUCCAUCAUACUGUGAGUUUUGUGUGUUCCUGGAAUAGUCUUUUUCUUUCUUUAUUUAGAUACCAUUAGCAUGUAAUUUUUACCUUUGAGAGUCAUCUAAUUCCUUUGAAGAAAAUCUGUUAUAUAUAAAUGUUGUGGUAUUUCAAAUAAAGUAAUAAACCUUUUCAAUCAA